ACUCCACGAUACAAACAAAAAGAUACCUCAAACUUAGUUGCACGACAAUCGUUCUGAUAGAAGGAGGUUAUGAUAUUAAACCAUGAAAGUGCUUCUAAAAUUAUUAUGUUGUUUUAUAACUUUUCAAAUUUUAUGUGCAGAUGAGAAAAUUGAAAUAACUUCACGGAACCAAUCCCUACCCAGAACCUGCUCAAAAAUCACAAAUCCGCACUCAGGAGUUCAGCUGACCAACCCUCAACCAGGAUUUCGCGACCCGUUCGAGGUGUUCUGUGACCAGGAGUACGAGGGUGGGGGCUGGAUCGUCGUUCAGAACCGCUACGAUGGUUCGGUUCACUUCUACCGCGGUUGGAACGAUUACGAGCGUGGCUUUGGUGACUUGGAGGGGGAAAUGUGGCUUGGAUUGGGGAAGAUUCACGAACUGACUUACUCGAGGCGGUACGAGCUGCAUGUGAUUGUGGAGGAUUGGGAUGGAAUCCGUGCGGUUGCACGGUACAGUAACUUUUUGGUAGCUGGACCUGAGGAAGGGUACAUGCUGAGGAAUUUGGGAAACUUUAGUGGAAGUGCUGGAGAUUCACUCACGAAUUAUGAUCUUGGUAUGAAGUUUAGCACUUUUGAUAACGACAACGAUUUGUAUGGAGGGAAUUGCGCUGUUCUUAUGUAUGGAGCUUGGUGGUACAAGAGUUGUGCUCACAGCAACUUGAAUGGACGGCACAUGCAAGGCACUAACAUGACGGGAAUGCUGUGGCCUUCAUUUAGAUCGGGCCACUACAGUCUUCAACGCUCCCGAAUGAUGAUUCGAGCUGUAGUUUGAAUUAAUUGCAAAUAAAUCCUAACCUUUCAGAACACAA